GUGAAGAGCCAAUAGACAAAUAUCUGUUCACGCUUUCUUUCUCUCAUUGUAUCCCUACUUCGCCUCUGUUUCAUUUUCGCCUAUUGUUUCUUACAAACAACACACACACUUCACAAAAAAAAAAAAAAAAAAAAACCUUAAUCUCUUUAUCUCAAUCUUAAUGUUUCAUCAUCUAGAGUUCUUUUGAGUGCUUUAGCAGAUUCCAUUUUCUGAUAUAUCACAACAAGUUAUCUUCUUUUCUGAGAUCCUUGUUUGCAUGAACGUGGAUUUUCCGACGAUUUUAAGAUAUCAUGGGUAGAGGUAAAGGAAAGGGUAAAAAGCUAACUGUUACUAACCAAGACGAUGCUGUAAGCGGUGAAGAUGAAAAGGUUCCAGUACAGAAGAAAAGAGGGAGGCCACAGAAACAGAUAAAGGAUCACUUUGACGAAGAAGUCGAGAAAAUAGAAGAUGACAGUGAGAAUGUUAAGAAUGGAGUAUCUCAUAAAGAGAUGAAAAGUCCUACAGCAACAGAACUUGCAAGGAAAAGGAAAAAAAACUCGCAGGUAAAAGAGCAAUUAGAUUCAGUCGAGGAAGAAAACGGCGUUGGAAGCAAAUCAAGCACGGAGGAAUUGACAAAAUCCAAUGGAUUUAGGCACAAUGGAAGCAGACGCAAAAGCACGCCUCGUAGAGCUGCUGAAGCUGUUGUGCAGUGCAAUUAAGAAGAACAAUGAAGGUUGUGCAACAAUUUCUUCCUUUUUCGUAUUACCGGCUAAAAUAUGAUUAUAGGAAGUGAGGCCUAGAAAUUUUUUAUGUCUCUAUUUUAUUUACCUGUUUUUGCUUCUUUGUGCUAAUUUUUAUUUUCCUUUUUUAUUUGGUGGGACUGGUUUGAGGGUGGUGAUUCCCUAACAUUAAAUCUCAUUUUUUAAUGUCAACCAUGAAUUUUGGAACUUAGUUGUAGUUUUAUAAUAUUCCCUAACAUUAUGAGUCUGUGAUUAUGAAGUCAUUUUUUAAGGAUGAAGGAAAUGUACCUCAAAUGGAACUUCAUGA